ACAGCCGGCCACGUCUUGUCUCAAGUGACAGUUUGACAGGCGAUGUGUUUGUAAUUUGUGUGGCCAAAUAUAAUUCCAACACAGUAAAUAAAUAUUUGAGGCCACGAUUUCAAUACAAAAUUAAUAAUCAUGCCUCUGCGUUUAGAUAUCAAACGUAAACUUACUGCUCGAUCUGAUCGUGUUAAAUCAGUAGACCUGCAUCCAACAGAACCAUGGAUGUUAUGCUCCCUGUACAGUGGUAACAUCAAUGUGUGGAAUCAUGAAAAUCAGCAGUUGGUCAAAACUUUUGAGGUCUGUGAUUUGCCUGUGAGGGCAGCAAAAUUUGUGCCUCGGAAAAACUGGAUUGUUGCUGGUUCAGAUGAUAUGCACAUAAGAGUCUUCAAUUAUAACACCCUUGAUAGAGUCCAUGCAUUUGAGGCACACUCUGAUUAUGUUAGGUGUAUUGUAGUCCAUCCCACCCAACCUUAUAUACUUACAAGCAGCGAUGAUAUGUUAAUCAAAUUAUGGAAUUGGGAGAAAUCGUGGUCGUGUCAGCAAGUCUUUGAAGGACAUACUCAUUAUGUCAUGCAGAUUGCCAUUAAUCCCAAAGAUAAUAACACUUUUGCCUCUGCAUCUCUUGAUCGUACUUUGAAAGUAUGGCAACUUGGAGCGUCUACCGCCAAUUUUACUCUGGAAGGUCACGAAAAGGGCGUAAAUUGCGUAGAUUACUAUCACGGCGGUGAUAAGCCAUAUAUCAUUUCUGGUGCUGAUGAUCGUUUGGUUAAAAUUUGGGAUUAUCAAAAUAAAACUUGUGUGCAAACGCUGGAGGGGCAUGCACAGAAUAUCAGUGCCGUCUGUUUCCAUCCUGAAUUGCCUGUAGUUCUGACUGGUAGUGAAGAUGGAACUGUGAGGGUUUGGCAUGCAAAUACAAAUCGAUUGGAAAGCAGUUUGAACUAUGGUUUUGAAAGAGUUUGGGCCAUUUGCUGCAUGAAAGGAUCAAACAAUGUGGCGAUUGGUUACGAUGAAGGUAGCAUAUUAGUGAAAGCCGGUAGAGAAGAACCUGCAGUGAGUAUGGAUGCGUCAGGUGGAAAAAUUAUAUGGGCAAAGCACUCCGAACUUCAGCAAGCGAACUUGAAGGCAUUGCCUGAGGGUGCUGAAAUCAGGGACGGAGAAAGAUUACCCGUUGCUGUUAAAGAUAUGGGUGCUUGCGAAAUUUACCCACAAAGUAUUCAGCAUAAUCCAAAUGGACGUUUUGUUGUUGUUUGUGGAGAUGGCGAAUACAUUAUUUAUACUGCAAUGGCUUUAAGAAACAAGUCGUUUGGUUCAGCUCAAGAAUUCGUAUGGGCUCAAGAUUCCAGUGAGUACGCGAUUAGGGAGGCCAGUACUACUGUGAGAAUUUUUAAGAACUUCAAGGAGAAGAAGAGUUUCAGACCAGAUUUCGGAGCGGAAGGUAUAUUUGGCGGUUGGCUGCUCGGUGUUAAAUCCGUAUCUGGUUUAACUUUCUACGACUGGGAAUCAUUAGAUUUGAUUAGGAGAAUUGAAAUCCAACCAAAAGCUAUCUACUGGUCAGAUAAUGGCAAAUUAGUAUGUUUGGCAACCGAGGAUAGUUAUUUCAUUUUGAGCUAUGAUCCAGAGCAAGUCGUUAAAGCUAGGGAGAAUAACGAAGUGGCCGAAGAUGGCGUAGAGGCCGGUUUUGAGGUAUUGGGUGAAAUUAAUGAAGUUGUGCGUACGGGUUUGUGGGUUGGAGAUUGUUUCAUUUACACAAACGCUGUAAAUAGGAUUAAUUAUUACGUAGGCGGUGAAUUGGUCACAGUUGCUCACCUCGACAGACCCUUGUAUCUUCUGGGCUAUGUACCCAAAGACGAUAGACUUUAUUUGGCCGAAAAAGAAUUGGGUGUUGUAAGUUAUCAACUCCUACUUUCCGUACUUGAGUAUCAGACUGCAGUAAUGCGAAGAGAUUUCGCAACUGCCGAUCGGGUUCUGCCAUCGAUACCAAAAGAACAUAGAACAAGAGUUGCUCAUUUCUUAGAGAAGCAAGGUUUCAAGCAACAAGCCUUAGCAGUUAGUACAGAUCCAGAACACCGAUUUGAAUUGGCCUUAGCAUUAGGUGAUUUGAAUAUCGCAAAAACAUUGGCCGUUGAAGCUAACAAUCCUCAAAAGUGGAACCAAUUAGGCGAGUUAGCCGCAAGCAAUAAUAAUCUGCCAUUGGCGAAAGAGUGUAUGCAGAGAGCUCAGGAUUUCGGAGGUCUGCUACUAGUCGCGACGAGUACCGGUGAUGCUGACCUUGUCAAGAAGUUGGGUGAAUCCACCUUAGCCGAAGGCAAACACAAUAUAUCUUUCCUCUCCUACAUGCUAUUGGGAGACCUGAGGAAGUGCCUGGAUAUUUUAAUUCAAACCGACAGACUACCAGAAGCUGCAUUCUUUGCUAGAUCUUACCUACCCGAUCAAGUUUCUCACGUCGUCGGCUUGUGGAGGCAGCAAUUGUCCGCAGUAAAUCCUAAAGCUGGUCAAAGUUUAGCUGACCCAAAGGAAUACGAAAAUCUUUUCCCCGGUAUGCAGGAAGCGAUUGCAGCGCAACACUUGAUUGAGGAAGAGUUCAAAACACUUCCACCUGCCGAAAAGGCAACUUCAAUAAAAUCCAAUUGCGAGAGGAACCCAAUUGAGGAGAUGAAAGCGAAGAGUCAAGGUUACUCCGUGCCUUCUAGUUCUAGCUUAGAGAAUGAAAUUGCCGCGGAACCUCUAAUUGAAGUUGAAUCCAAAUACACUGAAGAUGAUGAAUUGGAUUUGGAACUCGAAGGAAUGAAUUUAGAUGAUAAUAUUGAUACAACGGACAUAAACCUUGACGACGAUCUACUGAACGAUUAAUGUGUUGCCCAAUUUAUAUGAUAUUUAUAUUAGUAUUAUAAGUGAAAGCAAGAAAAAGAAAUCUUCAUUCCUCAACAUAACAUUGCAGUUCUAUAUUUUUCAAAGGAAAAUUGCAAAUUGUAAUAGUUUCUGUAUUAUAUUUUAAUUAAAAUACUAAAAGUUUUA